AUGUGUUACUCCUCAGUGCCCACCACCAAGCUGCUCAUUGAUGGCAAGUUCAUUGAGUCCAAAACCUCUGAAUGGCUCGACAUUCACAACCCUGCCACUAAUGAGGUGGUGGGUCGCGUUCCCAAAGCCACCCAGGAGGAGAUGCUGGCAGCUGUGGACUCGUGCUCCAGAGCCUACAGACCCUGGUCAGAUACCUCCAUCCUCAGCAGGCAACAGAUCUUCCUGCGCUACCAGCAGCUCAUCAAGGAUAACAUCAAAGAGCUGGCUAAAUUGAUCACCUUGGAGCAGGGCAAAACCCUGGCCGAUGCAGAGGGAGAUGUAUAUAGAGGACUCCAGGUUGUUGAGUAUGCCUGCAGCAUUCCCUCCCUCAUGCUGGGCGAGACGUUACCCUCCAUCUCCAAAGACAUGGACACCUUCACCUACCGCCUGCCAAUCGGAGUGUGCGCCGGCAUCGCUCCGUUUAACUUCCCCGCUAUGAUUCCUCUGUGGAUGUUCCCCAUCGGCAUGGUCUGCGGCAACACCUACCUGAUGAAGCCCUCUGAACGCGUCCCAGGGUGCACUAUGCUCCUGGCAAAACUGCUCCAAGACGCCGGAGCGCCAGAUGGUACCCUGAACAUCAUCCACGGCCAGCACGCAGCGGUGAACUUCAUCUGUGACCACCCGGCCAUCAAAGCCAUCAGCUUUGUGGGCUCCAACCCGGCCGGAGAGCACAUCUACGAUCGGGGAUCCAAGAACGGCAAGAGAGUGCAGUCCAACAUGGGUGCCAAGAACCAUGGUGUGGUGAUGCCCGAUGCCAACAAAGAGAACACCAUCAACCAGCUGGUGGGGGCUGCAUUCGGAGCAGCUGGCCAGCGCUGUAUGGCUCUCUCCACCGCAAUCUUUGUAGGAGAGUCUCGCGACUGGCUCCCAGAGCUGGUGGAGCGCUCCAAAUCCCUGCGCGUCAACGCAGGUGAUCAGCCUGGAGCCGAUGUGGGUCCCCUGAUCUCUCCUGAAGCCAAAGUCAGGGUGGAGUCUUUGAUCCAGAGCGGGGUGGAUGAGGGAGCUAAGCUGCUGCUGGACGGGAGGAACACCAACGUCAAGGGAUACGAAAAUGGGAACUUUGUGGGACCCACCAUCCUGAGCGGUGUUUCGCCGGCCAUGAAGUGCUACACAGAGGAGAUCUUCGGACCGGUGCUUGUUGUCCUGGAGGCGGACACCCUUGACGAAGCGAUUACUUUAAUCAACAAUAAUCCCUACGGAAACGGCACCGCCAUCUUCACCACCAACGGAGCCACAGCGCGCAAAUACACACACGAGGUGGACGUUGGCCAGAUUGGUGUGAACGUGCCCAUCCCUGUCCCCCUGCCCAUGUUCUCUUUCACUGGCUCCAGAGGCUCAUUCAGAGGGGACACUAACUUCUAUGGCAAGCAGGGCAUGUCGUUCUACACUCAGAUCAAGACUGUGACGUCACAGUGGAAGGCUGAAGACGCCACUGUGACGAGCCCAGCUGUUACCAUGCCAACCAUGGGACGCUAAGAUGGCAGCACAUCUGGCAUAACCUUCAGUGACUUCUCAAACGCCUUGACAAGAAGCUUGUGGCGGGGAUUGGGAAAAAAAAGUAUUGCAUGUCCUUUUUUGAGAAAUGUUCACUGGGGAUUUUUAGUUGGUGAUUGUUUUAACUUUUGACAUUGGGGACAAUGUUGUUGCACAAACACACAAAUGCAAAUUACACCUCGUAGGCAGAAUAUGAGCUGCACUAAUGCAAUGAAUCGUGCUGUGAGUCUCUUCAUGGGUUUGUCAAUGUUCUAUCAUGGGAGUACGUACUCUGGUGUCAUAUUUCUUAAAACCUACAGUAGAAAUGAAAAGGAUCAAGCGUUCUUCCUUUAAACAGUCUGCAAAUGUCUUCCACCAUUAUCCUCUGGUUGUUUUAGCUUGUUCUGUUUAUCAGAGCGUUAUGUAGAUACUUGAAAAGUAGGUUAAGGUCAAGCCAUUGAUACACUAGAACGAGAUCUCUGUAAAACUGAAAUAAUGGUUGUAGUUCUUGUCCCUCUAAAUGUGUAUCCUACUGUCCAGUAUAGGCACUAACGUGUGUUUUCUGUCUGUUGGCUAGAGAUUCAUGAUUUUGUACUCUAUUGUCAAAGUCAUAUUUUUGAAAGGUAUACAAAAUAAAAAUGUAAGUGUUUUACAAUUA